AUGGCAGCGAUACUGGAAAAUCAGGAAAGUAACGCAAAGCUUCAUCAGCUUGUGGAAACAAAACUGGCCGAAUAUGGCUGGGCAGAAGAAGCAGCUUCUUUAACGGACUUCAUUUUCGUAAUGAUUGGAAACGGAAAAGACCAAUCACAGGUUACUGAAGAACUUGUGGAUUUGAUCGGACCCGAAUUUGACUCAAAUUUUUCUCAGUGGUUAUUUGAUGAGUUACGAGUGUUUGAUUCUUCGCGAGAAAUGGAGACAUCAAAUGAAAGUGGACAACAAUAUUUUGAAAACCCCCCUUCUGUACCUAUAGAGAUUCCCCAAGAAAGUUUGCCGGAGACUAGCACAGUUACGGGCAAUGAUACAAGAAACGAAUUGCGUGAAGAAAAACCUCUUCAAUCAGAACGCGUUGGUCAAAAGUUAAAAAGCAGCGCUGUUUCAAAGCAGAGAUUUAAUCCAAUGGCUCCUUCCUUUAGUGCAACAAAACCCGCCGUACCGCCUGCGAAACGUUUUUUUAAACAUGAUGAAGAAAUACCUCUCUGUAAAUACGCCGAUAAAUGUACUCGUUCCGAUUGUGUUUUUGCUCACCCUACUCCUGCUGCAACUCCUGGUGAAGGAAUGGUUCUUAGUAGCAAAAUGUGUUCCGCCGGGAGAGACUGUAAAAACUCGGAUUGCGUUGAAGGUCAUCCAUCUCCAGCGUUUGGCACUACCCUUCCCUUCAAAGGAACAAUCCCAGUUGUCUGCAGAUACAAUCCCUGCUUGAAUCCUAGUUGUCGCUUUCUUCAUCCUCAAAAAAGCAAAAAUAUGACAUGGACACCUUCUGCUACACAAUCAAUGCCAUCGACUUCUUUGAGCGAACGGAAUUUCGCCGUUGAAGAGUCAGACGAACAUUUGCAUGUAUCGUAA